CCUUCUUUUUUACAUUCAAAUCAAUGAAGUAAUCCGAGAGUUACCGAAUGUCUUAAUCAUUUCCGGUUUGUCAAGAUAAACAAACUCAAGUCAUGGCUGAAGGUCAGCCAUCAAAAGUACAGAAGAUGUUAGAAAAGUUACAGAUUUUGGAUAAUGAAGUCGAACAGAACCAAAGUUUAGAUAGAAUAUUGAAUUAUCUGACAAGCGCUGACAAUGAAGAGACAGUUGAGGAAGCCAUAGAAACAGCUGCUGAAGGUGGAAUGUUAGAUGAUCUCUAUAGUAUACUGACCAAUACUAAAGGAGAAACUCAGUCAAAAGUCAUACAAAUAUUAGCUGAACUCGCUAAAGUUGAGGCCUUGAGAGUUCCUUGUGUCAACUUGGGAUUUGUUCCAAUACUCCUUCCAAUUUUGGAAUCGGAAGACAUCUCCAUAGCAACACAAGCUUGCAGAACUUUGGGAAAUAUCUGUUUUGAAAAUGAUGAAGGCAGGAAUGCAGUUGAUUCAUUUGAUGGAAUGGCUAAGCUGUUGUCUCUUCUGAAGUCAAAGAUAAAGAGUGAAGAGGAGGGAGCAGACAGACUCCGUACCAUAGCUUGUGGAUUUCUACUUAAUCUUACUAAUACACAUGAGAGUCUCCAAGAGCGAGCUUUAGAGGAAGGAGUAUUAGACAUGUUAGAACAAUAUAUAUCCUAUCAUCUGUCUGAUAGAUCUUUAUGUAAUAUGGUUCUCCUCACAGUCAGUAGCUUUGCUGAUUCAGAAGUGAGUAGAGACAGAUUAGUAAAGUCUACCCUAUGUAGUACUAUUGUCAACCUGUUACAGUCAGAUAAUGAUGGAGCCCAUACAGAUACUAUACUAGAUAUGUUGAUCAACAUGUCAGAAUGGGAUGAGAUCAAGGACUUAUUGGCAGAGACAAAUUUAAGCAAUCACCUGAUCAGGAUUAUCCAAUCAAAGACUGGCAAAUUAGACACUGAAAGUCAACAGACAAUCAAAAUGGCAUCUGAUUUGCUAGUUCUAUUGCUCACUGGUGACAAGAGCAUGGAAGCAUUAUUUAAGAAUAGUGAAGGUCCAGUAUUUUAUGAGAUUGUCAAGUGGUUAGACAGUGAUGUUGACCAUCUAAGGUUAUCCGGAGCUCUGGCUGUAGGAAAUUUUGCAAGAAAUGAUGAUCACUGUCGAAAGCUGGUAGAGGAAGGAGUUUUAGACAAAUUAUUAUCUGUACUUAAAAAUUCUGAUGAGGAACAAAUAACACUACGGCAUGCUAUACUUAGUGCUCUUAGAAACCUAGCCAUUCCAGUAUCUAACAAGCAGUUAUUGGUACAAUGUGGUGUGUUAGAAGCUGUAAUGAUUUUAACAUCUUCAAAUGCGAUGGCUGUAAUCUUCAAAUUAUUAGGGGUACUUAGGAUGCUUGUUGAUGGCCAAGAAUCAGUAGCAAUACAGCUGGGAAACAAUAGAGAUUUUUUAAACAAGUUGGUGAAAUGGUGUGAAUGUGAUGAACAUGCUGGUGUUCAAGGAGAAGCUUCUAGAAUGUUGGCAUGGUUAAUAAAAAAUGGAAGAUCAACUGAACUAAUGAGAAAUAUUGUUAGGGAAGAUGGAGUUCUACCAUUGGUGACCAUGGUUGCAUCAGAGCAUAUUGUAAUGCAGAAUGAAGCCCUGAUGGCCUUGACAUUAAUAGCAUCAACUAUAUUAGCUGAUGCAGCUCUCCAGUUGAAGGAAGCAGAACUUGCUGAGACAAUCAUUAAUUUAUUAGGAAACGCAGACGUCAUUCCAGAAAUACUGUGUAAUACACUUACACUCACUAAAACUGUGUGUGAAGCAGAAAACUUAAAAGAUGAAAUAAUGAACUCAGGAUUAACCAAUAUUGUCAAAAGUUUGAAGGAGCAUAAAGAUGAGAAAGUGAGAGAAAGUGCCAGCAAAGUAUUGACAGUGAUUGAAGAAAUGCCACUAGAACGAUGAUACUGAAACAGGGAUACAGUCCAGUGGAGAAAUUCCCUGGUGUGUUACCUCAGGCCAGGAACCAAGCUCAAAGAUAUUUUUGUGUUUGUGAUAUACUUUUAACUGUCAUCUGGGGCAUGUUAGAAGAUGGCUUUAGACUGAUGUGAUGAACUAGAAUUUUAAAUUAGGAAAAAAAUUGUAAUUAAUUUGUAUAUAACUAACUCCACAACACUGAUUUAACUUAAAAAUCAUUACACUUAGGUAUAUUUUAUCACUGCUUUGUGAAAUGUUGGAGUGAUCAAAUAUGUAACUCUAUCACAAAACAAUAAUGAACAGUUUCUCAAGAUUCUUUGCUUCUCUAACCAAUGUGGUUGUAAAAUGUUAUCAAAUUGAAUCCAUAUUCCAUUUUCUCUGUUUUUUGUGCUAUCUUCACAUUUCUUGAUCGGUGUGAGAAAAAUA